ACAAGUCGAAUCGAACGUAAGGCAAAUCUAAACAAUGCGUACGAUAUUGGUGUAUCUACUCGUCGCUGUGACUUGCGCCACGAUCAGAGAGGCUAAUUCUUCGCCAGGAUUUCUCUCAGAUCUUUUUCAACAUUGUCCGUUACUAAGCUACCUUUUCCCAAACGAUUGCUGCUGCGACACUAAUACAAGUUGCUGCACGACAACGACAAGUACAACCAGUACUACGACCACUACCACUACCACUUCUACCACUGCUCGCUCGACCGCUAUGUCGGCCUCUACUCCUCCUGCAGGAAGAAGAAAGCGCUGGGUUACUCUAAAUUAUUAUAACAACUUGUCAUCAGAUAUAAAGUACAAUGCGACGCGAAAAAGCAAAGAUACGUGAGCUUGAAUCUGAAUAUGUAAUAUA